AUGUUUUUAUUUCUUGUGAGCCCUGGAAAUCGUGCCGAUUUUUGCCAUGCUCACGAGAGGUUAGCCGUUUUCAUUGGUUUGCUUCAAAUAGAAAAGCUACUCAAGUGGUAUUACGAUAAGAUGACCAAGUUUCUUAAGGCUGGAAAGGUCGUAGUCAUUCUCUCUGGCAAGUACGCCGGAAAGAAGGCUUUCAUCGUGAAGGUGAAUGAGGAGGGAGACUCGAAGUACAAGUUCCCCUACGCUGUCGUUUGCGGACUCAAGAGAGGUCCUCGCAAGGUUCUCACCAGCAUGUCUGAGAAGAAAGUGCAGAAGAGAACCACGAUGAAGGUGUUCACGAAGGUUCUGAACCUCCAGCACUUCAUGCCCACUCGUUACAAUGUGGACUUCGAUCUUGCUGAUCUGACCAAGGGUGACAUGAAGCCUGAGGAGAGAAAGGAAGCUCUGAAGAAAGUGUCGAAGACCUUCCAGAACGUGUACCUGCACCAGAACGAUAUCACCAAGGAGAGACACAAGGCUGGAGUCGCUUACUUCUUCAAGAAGCUUAGUUUCUAAGCGCGUUGAUGAACUAUCACUUCCAACUUGAGUACCAUUC